AUGUCGAACACAUCAUCUAGCAGUUCAAGUAGCAGCAGCAGCUCUUCUUCGAGCAGAAGCUCUUCAUCGAGCAGAAGCUCAUCUUCGAGCAGUAGCUCGUCUUCAAGCAAAACAUCUUCGAGCAGUAGUUCAUCGGCGAGCUCCAGGGAUGCAUCCGUCGAACGCACUCAAAUUGCGGCUCCGACUCCGGCUUCGGCUCCGAUUUCAAACCGGAAGAAUUCGGAGUCAAUCAGUCAACAGUCGACUGCGUUGGCCAACAAGUCGGAAAAUAUUGAAGCUUCUUUGCCUCAGAUUCCCAGUGGUUACAGGGUAAAUAAAGUGCAGUCUACGAAACCAGCCUUGUCGUGCGAAAGUGCUAAAAGUAGUAGCAGCAGCAGCAGCACUGAAGAAAAUAAACCUCCAGUGCUUAGUGGUAUAUGGGUGAACCCAGAG